UCUCUUUUUCUCUCUAAAAAAGAGAAUAAAAAAAUUCACUUCCUUUUGUUUCUCUUCUUUUUUUCAACUCUAUAAAUAGCACACAACCAUUGAAAUUCUCCUCUUCAUUCUUCUAUUUAUUCCUCCCUCUCUUUCUCUUUCUCUCAUUCUCUCUAGCGUAAGAUAAACACAUUUAGGUGCUACUAAUGGGAAGUGUUGAAGCUGCAAACAAGGAUGCAAAUGAAAGCCUCACAGAGAAAAAUCCUACAGUUGUUUUUGUCUUAGGUGGCCCAGGCAGUGGAAAGGGUACGCAAUGUGCAAAUAUUGUUGAUAAUUUUCAGUAUACUCACCUCAGUGCUGGGGAUCUUCUGCGAGCAGAAAUCAAAUCUGGUUCUGAGAAUGGUACAAUGAUUCAGAAUAUGAUUAAAGAAGGGAAAAUUGUUCCCUCUGAGGUAACAAUUAAGCUCUUACAAAAAGCAAUGAAGGAAAGUGGCAAUGACAAAUUUCUGAUUGAUGGUUUUCCCCGCAAUGAGGAAAAUCGUGCAGCAUUUGAGAAAGUGACAGGAAUAGGGCCAGCUUUUGUCCUAUAUUUUGAUUGCCCCGAGGAAGAGAUGGAGAGGCGACUUCUUAGUAGGAACCAGGGUCGAGAAGAUGACAAUAUUGAAACAAUAAGGAAGCGGUUCAAGGUGUUCUUGGAGUCUAGUCUUCCCGUGAUUAAUUAUUACGAUGCAAAAGGAAAAGUUCGCAAGAUCAACGCUGCAAGAUCUGUUGAAGAGGUAUUCGAGACUGUGAAAGGAAUUUUUGGUCCCAAGAAUGAGAAGGCUGAAUGAGCAUGUUAACCUUGAGUCCAUGGUGGAAAUUUGGAGGUCAUAUCAGUAUUGGUUGCUUGUUCUGUUGUCUCACAUUUUGUUACUACUUAAAUAGAAAAUUGUAGUUUAUACCUGAGGGUUUUACCUCUGUAUUCUAUUGUUAUAAUAAUAGUUUGUUGUCAUUCAUUGAUUUUGCAAUAAAGAAUUGGGUCCUGCUUAUAUA